AUGAUUGACCCAAUUGAUAAAAUUAUUGAAGAAACAUUUGUUUAUAAAAUUGAUAUGCUUCAUAAUCUUUCUUUAUCAUCGAAUGCUUCAAUGAUUCGUUACGCUUUAGCAUAUAAAGACUUUAAUCCUAAUGAAAAAUAUCCCGAGGAAGAGAUAGAAUCAAGUUUUGAAUUAACGAAAAAGUAUUGGAAAUAUAAAAUUGAAUCAUAUAAGAAACAAGAUGAAAAAGCAGAAAGGGAUACUAAAAAUAAUGUUUCAAUGGAUGAUUUUCAAUACUAUCAUGAUUUAAUCCUUUCAUCUAAAUGCAAAAUGUGUGGUAAAGCGUUUACAUAUGCAAAUAAACCAACAUUGGAUAGAAUCGAUAAUGAAAAACCACAUACCAAAGAAAAUUGUCAUUCGUGGUAA